CACUAAUUCAGCUAUGAGAAUUUGGUUUAGCUCUUUCUUUAUUGUGCUUCUAUAGAAGAUUUUGGUAGUAGGACUCUAGAGACUGUUCUGUAUCACAGUAUGUUGAAGUAAAUGCUUUUGGGUGGGUUUAUAAAACCAGCUGCUUUUUUCAGUAUGAACAGUAAUUGUGCUUGAGUUUUGCAAUGGUUUUAAUUGUCAAAAGCAAAAAAAAAAAAAUAAAUUAAAAAAAUGAGGUAGUUAUGUUAGUCUGAUCAGAACCAGCUCUUACCAGCUGCUCAGGAACUGCAGACUGCUUUGCGAGGACCUCCCCUCUGCCGUUUGUCAGAGGAGACUUUUGAGAAAUAAGCAGUGAAAUUAAAAUUAUCUUCUGAGCCUAAGCAACAGGGAGCUUAAAGGAUAAACUAUCAUUAUGGAGAGUAGAGGGGUCUAGCAGAUAUCUGACUGGGCCUUUGAGCUCGAGAGCAGUUAGCACUUCCACUCCAGGCUGGUGGUGACUGAGUCAUGAUCAACUGUUGGGGUGGCUGUUGUGAAAUGAAUCAGUGGUAGCCGCGUUACACAAUCCAUUCCAGCAAGACAUGGAGCCUGGAAGAAGCUACUCCUUCGGGAUGAAUAAGAGUUUGGAAUGAUUGGAGAUCCUUUUCUUACAGAGCAGAGCCACUGCUUUAAAACAUUUAGACCGGUAAAGAGGCUGAGGGGCAGAGGAUUUGUAGUAUAGCAUUAAAAAAGCUGGGAAACAGUCGUAAGAUUUUAAGAAUAGCAGAUGUCAGCUACCUGCUGCUCCUGAAGAACAAGCAGAAAAUCAUCCUUUAGUGAUGGUGGAAGGGAUGGGCAUGUAGUGGCCUUCCUCAUCAUACACAGGGCAGGCUUUCAAGCCUGAGUAUGCGUCUGCAGAUGGUGCCAGGUUAGGUUAAGCUUCUCGCAAGGACUGUGAGUGUCGACAGAUGCCUCGCACAGUUCAUAUCACCGAACCAUGGGUUUUUGCUGGAUAGGCCCUGUUGGUAUGCAGAGAGCAUCCAUUGUAUGCUGGGAUUGCCAUACCACACCUUUCACCAGUCCUGUAUCAUAAAUAUGUCAAUACAGUAAAAAUGGGUAGAGAGUUGGCUUACGGUUCUCUGACGCUGAUCCGUUUCCAAGGUAACGCAAAGUGUGAUAAGGGCUGACAAAGCAAAACCAUUAAAUACUCUUAUCAGCACCAGAAGCAGGACAGCCCAACCGCCAGUUACAGGACAAAUGUGGAUCAAGGGGGUCUGUUUCUAAACCAGCUUUUCCUGUACCAGUUAUUUAGAUUCUCUGGACAGUUACUGGCAAGAGAUGUCAGUGUUUUAACUGUUGCAAGUUGAGUUUUUUGGCCAUUAUUCAGCACAGUUCUUCUAUAAUGCUCCAUGGGUUUCACCAAGAGCAAGACUGCAUAAUACCUAGCUGGGAGGCAUAUAGAGAAGACUCACACGUUUGCAUGAUGGUGUUUGUGAAAAAUGUGUGUUUCUUCCUCUGAAUGCUCUGGUUCAGAAGCUUGAGAUAGCAAAAAUAGAAUUUUCACAAUUAAUAUUUGUAGCAUUGCCUUUUAGAGACUGGUGGCACUAAAGCAGCCCCAGAGCAUUCCCUUGCUUGCUCAGAAUCAUGGAAAACUCCAUGUUUUGAAGGAGGCUAGAUGAGAUGUGGAAGGCAGAAGAGAUUCUGUUGUUUAAGUAUCCUGUUAUUGGGCUUGAAAAUAGUCCAGCGGUGUUGUGGCAUUUUUGGAGUGCAACUGUUUCACUCAGCGGUGUUUGGGGGGGGGCAUAUUAUGCAGUGAUGUUCCACCCCUGUGUUUCUGCAAUAGGGGAUAUUAGUUCUUUUGUUUAAGAGAGUUACUUCAUAACUUUUAUAGCUUUAAAAUCUGUGUGGUUAACGUGCUUCAGGCUGUAUGAGUUCAGAAUUCUUUCUAACUGGAAACGAAGAGAAAGCAGAGAGGAGGAAGAAGAGGAACUUACUAUGUGUGUGUAUUCUUCAGAACUGACUCUUUUCGGUUUUCCUUCUGUACAGUUGAACAGGCAAAAUGGACUUCUCCAAGCUACCCAAAAUCCGUGAUGAGGACAGAGAAGCUUUUGUUGGCUAUGUCCAUGGAGUCUCGGGACCUGUGGUCACGGCGUGCAACAUGGCGGGUGCUGCUAUGUACGAGCUGGUACGAGUGGGCCACAGUGAACUGGUGGGGGAGAUUAUCCGACUGGAAGGUGAUUUGGCAACUGUCCAGGUGUAUGAAGAAACAUCUGGCGUCUCUGUAGGAGAUCCUGUACUCCGUACUGGCAAACCCCUGUCAGUGGAACUAGGACCUGGCAUUAUGGGAGCUAUUUUUGAUGGUAUCCAGAGGCCUCUCUCAGACAUCAGCACUCUGACCAAAAGUAUCUAUAUCCCUAGAGGUGUCAAUGUGUCAGCUUUGAGCCGAGACAUCAAAUGGGACUUCACGCCUUCCAAAAAUCUGCGGGUUGGCAGCCACAUCACUGGUGGAGAUAUUUAUGGUGUGGUGAAUGAAAACUCUCUUAUCAAACACAAAAUCAUGCUGCCCCCACGGAACAGGGGUACAGUUACAUACAUUGCUCCACCGGGAAACUAUGACACUUCAGAUGUUGUCUUAGAGCUGGAGUUUGAAGGUGUGAAGGAGAAGUUCACUAUGGUCCAGGUCUGGCCUGUACGUCAAGUCCGUCCUGUAACUGAGAAGUUGCCAGCCAAUCAUCCUUUAUUAACUGGCCAGCGGGUCCUGGAUGCCCUCUUCCCGUGUGUACAAGGGGGUACAACAGCGAUUCCCGGGGCGUUUGGUUGUGGGAAGACUGUGAUCUCACAGUCUCUCUCGAAGUACUCCAACAGUGAUGUCAUCAUUUAUGUAGGCUGUGGAGAACGAGGAAAUGAAAUGUCUGAAGUACUGAGAGAUUUCCCGGAGUUAACAAUGGAAGUUGAUGGCAAGGUAGAAAGCAUCAUGAAGAGAACAGCUCUGGUAGCAAAUACCUCCAACAUGCCUGUGGCUGCCAGAGAAGCCUCUAUCUAUACUGGAAUCACCCUGUCUGAGUAUUUCCGGGACAUGGGCUACCAUGUCAGUAUGAUGGCAGACUCUACUUCCCGAUGGGCUGAGGCCCUCAGAGAAAUUUCAGGGCGACUGGCUGAAAUGCCAGCUGACAGUGGUUAUCCAGCCUACCUUGGUGCCCGCCUAGCCUCUUUCUAUGAGCGAGCUGGCAGAGUGAAGUGUCUGGGAAAUCCUGAAAGGGAAGGCAGCGUCAGCAUUGUUGGAGCUGUCUCUCCCCCAGGUGGUGACUUCUCUGAUCCUGUCACAUCUGCUACUCUGGGCAUCGUUCAGGUUUUCUGGGGCCUGGAUAAGAAGCUGGCGCAACGCAAGCACUUCCCCUCUGUCAACUGGCUGAUCAGUUACAGCAAAUACACGCGUGCCCUGGAUGAGUACUACGACAAGCAUUUUACAGAGUUUGUCCCUCUCAGGACAAAGGCCAAAGAGAUCCUGCAGGAGGAAGAGGACCUUGCAGAGAUUGUGCAGCUUGUGGGGAAGGCUUCCUUGGCAGAAACAGAUAAAAUUACCUUGGAGGUUGCCAAGCUGAUAAAAGACGACUUCUUGCAACAGAAUGGUUAUACGCCUUACGACAGGUUCUGCCCUUUCUAUAAAACAGUGGGAAUGCUUUCCAAUAUGAUUGCAUUUUAUGACAUGGCACGCCGUGCCGUAGAAACCACAGCCCAGAGCGACAACAAGAUCACGUGGUCCAUCAUCCGAGAGAACAUGAGCGAAAUCCUCUACAGACUUACCUCCAUGAAAUUCAAGGACCCCGUCAAGGACGGUGAAACAAAAAUCAAGGCGGACUAUGCUCAGCUGUUUGAGGACAUGCAGAACGCAUUUCGCAGUCUGGAAGACUAGACUCUGCCUCUGUGACCGCUCCAGUUUGUCCUCUCAAUUCCUCAUCUCAACUCCUCUGCUUCCCUACCUUACAAGAAUGAUGCAACAGUACUUGAGUUGAUAAAUAGCCCUAUGUUUUCCCUGUUCGUACCCGGAGAGCGUCCUUACAAAACAUUCCUCUUAGUUUGUGUUUGGCAUUGCUUUGUGUGUCUGAAGUGGUGAGUGAUGUGUGAGUGGGCCUGGCUGAGUGAGGAAAUGCUGUUGUACACUUCUAGGGUGGGAAAAAUUUCACCUUGCCUCUCCCAGCUCUCUUGGUCACCCAUCUUUCACCUUGGGAUGUAACCAGUUGAGCUGUACUGGCAGAGGAGGUGUAGAUCUUUAAUGCAGUCACACGGUACGUUCUGAGCUGGCAGUGGUAAGGGCAUUUACAUCUGGCACUUUGCUAAGUGACUAUCAUGACCUGGAACUCCCUGUUCUUUGAGGUUUUGACCAUAUUCUGAUGACAUGUUGAUUCAACCAAAAAUUCUUUGCUGCUCUGUCCCUUCUGCAACCCUCAGCUGAGUCUGUUGGUAUUGAAAUGUGGUAGUUCUGGAUCUCUCCAAGAAGGGACGAACUAGAAGAUGAGCACGUACAAGCAGCCAGUGUACCUUUGUACGCUGGAGAAACAGAAUUUUAUUUUCCUACUUAAUACAGAUAGGACUGCUGGACUUGGCAUCAGCUGGAAUCAAAGCCAUAGGUGCUCAGCUUCCAGCAGAAUUUUACCUUCUUGCCUCCCGCUCGCCCCAUAAAAUUUCACAACGCUCAGCUGCUUUAGUCUGUGAAGCUUGACUGCUGCUGUGUACUGCAGGACAUGCAUAGCAAGUUGCGGUGAUGCCACCUGUGUGGACCAGGCGUACAGCCCUUCCUCGGCGGUGCUCUGUCUGCCAGCGCAGUUGCCUCCUAGUGCAGUGCCCAGGUCACGCUAAGGGGAGGAAAGCACGUGCUUCACCUUCCUCCUCCACCUGUGCUCACGUGGCCCAUUCGGUGGUGGCACAGAAGGUCCCCAGUUCUCCUGUAGGAGGAACAUACGAUGCUACACUUCUGGGGGCAGGGGAUGAACGGGGGGAAGGUUGACAAGUACAGAACUUCUUUACUCCUGCCUUGUUGACUGCGACACAAGAGAAAACCAGUGACUCUGGUCUUCUGCUCUAUGCUCUAACCAGUGACUCUGGUCUUCUGCUCUGUGCUCUGGAGGCACUGUCAAGUAGCCAAAACUGCUGUGUCUUGGGCUUGCUUAUUGGCAAAACUAGUAUGGGAUGAGGAAUGAGCAUAGAGCAGCCUUUCUGUCAAAACUCCAAGAGCCCAGCACUCAUAACCACUACUGCAGUGAGAGAGAAAAAUGCUGGCACCCCCUCCCGUUUCUGCCUCUCGCUUGUGUCAGGUGGCAUCCAGCACCGCUGUUGUGCAGUGCUCCGUGCCCAGCUGGAUCCCAGCUGAUGCCUGCCGCUUUGUUACGGUCAAGUAACCCUUGUAGGUGCCACCAUGGCAGUGGCGUGGCUGUGUAAGUGUUCGUUCUGCACCGAAGUAUUUCUGCCGGCCACCAGCUUUGAACAGUAGUGAUGCAAAGGGAUCUCGCGCUACGGACCAAAUGCUGCCCGCUUCCAUUAGGGUAUCAACUCGCUGUUUGUCAGGGAGAGCCCAGCUGAAACUUAAGAGGGAUUAACUAUUUUUGGUUCUCCCAAAAGAAACUACUCCUCCAGCUGAUAUUCUGGCAGUGAAUGGUUAAGUUUACAGCUCACUAAACUUUCAGUGUAUGCUGCUUAUUUUACCAAUGAGCAUGUGUGAAUGAGUAGUCACUGUCCAAGCCCUUGCUGGAUUCCUCAUCGUUCGUACCCUUCACCACUGUACUAUGUAGCAUUUCAUGCUAGAAACCAGAUGUUCUUAUCUCUUUAAAUAGAGGAUGUUAUAAACUUUACAGAAGAUGUCUAAGAUAAUGCAGUUCUAAUAUUUAUUGUGCUGUACCUGGCCCUGAAGUGUGACCAGUUCAAACAGUUUCAUAUAUAUUUUUGUCUUUUUUUUUUUUUUUUUUUUUUUUUUGUUGUUUUGUGUCUGUUUUCAGUGUUGAGAUUCUGAUGUUCACUGUGUCCUGCAAGUCUUCCCUCCUCAGCUGUGGGAGGAAUGAAAAGAUGGGCAGAACCCCCACCACUUACUUUAUCUUGUAUAUUUCAUAACACAUGUUGCUGAAAUU